GGAACGUCGCCCAAGUUUCUGCUGCGCUGCGUCACUAUGACAAAACUGACAAAACGUCAAAAAAAUUUCAACGUGGUUUUGAAGGUUAAGGCCGGCUACUAAAAAAAAUAUCAAAUUACCUAUAUAAAAUUGAUAUUUGAAUAAUAUCCAAAAAUUAUGGCUGAAACGGGCGGUGAUAAGCUCUCCAAAAAGUAAGUUUUCAAAAUUCUUCUGCAACCUGUCUCCAGAACCCUUUCAGUUGUUUUCAAACUAAUUUUUAAGAUGUUGCAAAGAUUGCAUAUUGUAAGCAGGCAUAUUGCCUCAUCUAGCAUUUUACGAAAUUUAUCCAAACGUGAACUUAAACGAAGGCUCAAAGCCGAACAAAAAGCAAAAGAAAAGUCUGAAAAAGCUGCUGCUGCUCCUCCACAAGAAACCAAAACGUCCACUAAAAUAGUCGAAGAAGAAAUCAGCCCUAAUGAAUAUUUUAAGCUCAGGACCACUGCUGUAGAGCAUUUGAAGCAACUGGGAGGUGCCAACCAUCCUUACCCACACAAAUACCAUGUAUCAAUUUCUCUAGAAGAAUUUAUAAAUAAAUAUUCAUAUUUGAAGGAUAAUGAAGUGCUAGAUGAUGAAAUUAUAAGCGUUGCUGGCAGGGUGCACGCUAUAAGAGCUUCAGGUGCCAAAUUAAUAUUCUAUGAUUUAAGAGGUGAAGGAACUAAGCUCCAAAUUAUGGCUACUGCCAAUAAGUAUGAGAAACAACCCGAAUUUGAAGAAGAUACUGAUAAAAUUAAGAGGGGAGAUAUUAUUGGAGUUAAAGGAGUACCAACUAGAACAAAAAAAGGUGAAUUAUCUUUGAUUCCAGUUAAGUUAACUUUACUGUCACCCUGUCUCCAUAUGUUACCCCAUUUACACUACGGUCUCAAGGAUAAGGAGACCAGAUUUAGGCAAAGAUAUUUAGAUCUUAUAUUAAACAGCAAUGUACGAAAAAUUUUCCAAAUCAGAGCCAAAAUUAUCGCUUACAUACGAAGAUUCUUUGACGAACUUGGCUUUUUGGAAAUCGAAACUCCUAUGAUGAACAUGAUUGCUGGAGGGGCAACUGCCAAACCUUUUACCACUCAUCACAACGAACUCAAUAUGGAUUUGUUUAUGAGAAUCGCACCAGAAUUGUAUCAUAAAAUGUUGGUUGUGGGAGGAUUUGAUAGGGUUUACGAGAUCGGUAAACAAUUCAGAAACGAGGGCAUUGACUUGACACAUAAUCCUGAAUUCACCACUUGCGAGUUUUACAUGGCUUAUGCUGAUUAUCAGGAUUUGAUCAGUAUUACUGAGACAUUAUUAUCAGGAAUGGUUAAACAUAUUCAUGGAACUUAUAAGGUUAAGUAUCAUCCCGAUGGUCCUGAAGGUGAAGAAUAUGAAAUCGACUUCACUCCGCCUUUUAAACGAAUCCCAAUGAUCCCUGCCCUAGAAGAAGCAUUAAACGUAAAAUUCCCUCCGGCCACAGAAUUUUAUGCGCCAUCAACAAACAAAUUCCUUGACGAUCUUUGUAUUAAGCACAACGUGGACUGUACAGCUCCAAGAACAACAUCUAGAUUACUAGACAAACUAGUCGGCGAUUUUAUUGAAGAAAAAUGCAUCAACCCUACUUUUAUCAUGGAACAUCCUCAAAUAAUGAGCCCAUUGGCUAAGUGGCACAGAUCUAUUCCAGGAUUAACAGAAAGAUUUGAGUUGUUCGUAAUGAAAAAGGAAAUUUCCAAUGCUUACACUGAAUUGAAUGAUCCGAUGGUGCAAAGGCAACGUUUCGAACAACAAGCAGCUGAUAAAGCUGCUGGAGAUGAUGAAGCUCAGUUGGUUGAUGAGAAUUUCUGUACUGCAUUGGAGUACGGACUUCCGCCUACAGGAGGAUGGGGUUUGGGUGUUGAUAGGCUUACAAUGUUCUUAACUGAUAAUAAUAACAUUAAGGAGGUGCUGUUGUUCCCGGCAAUGAAGCCAGAUGAUCCGAAUAGGCAUAAGGACGAUAAAGAACAAGAAAAUGAAGCACCAAAAGAAAAUUAAAGAAUAAGUAUUUGAUAUUUAUUUUGUACUUUUUAAGGGCAAUAAUAUAAAUAAACAUUAUGAAGUUUAUU